UCGACCCACAAUCACGGGACGUGAUUUUAAAUACAGAAGCUGACUGCACUGACAGAAGGCUUCGCCCCGUGGUGCACAAGCACAAAAGUGUGCAGCGACGGUCACACAGAAAUCGCCACAUCUGAGAAUUCAGUAACAAUCACGGACGUGCGCAAAUUCACGGUUUCCUCACGCACAGCCGCCCACAGUCACUUGCGUGCCCAAGAUCCGCCAGGGUGGCACACAGUUCUCGGGUGAAGACUCCCACGGCUGCGGCCACCUGCGCAGGCGCGGAGUAGAGGCGGGCCUUGGGGCCCUCUGGGAAAUGUAGUUCAGCAAAUGAAGGCCGCGGCGCAAAGCUCUCUGGGGCUGGUGGUUCGAAGGGUCCUAAGGAAAAGCUGAGCUGCGUCCAGUCCAGCUGGAUGUUUCCCCAGAGGAGCUCGGGGUCCCGCACGGCUCAGUCCCUGCUCCGCUUCGCUCCGCGGGGCAUUCUGGGAGGGGACGUCGUGAGUCUCGGGUCGCUGGGCGGGUUUCCAGAGCCCGCGGCGCCGGGAGGACAUUGUUCUCCAAAAGAGAAGAUUAAAGAAGAAAGGAAGAAUGGCUGUUGGACUUUGUAAAGCCAUGUCUCAAGGUUUGGUGACCUUCCGAGAUGUGGCUCUAGAUUUUUCCCAAGAGGAAUGGGAAUGGCUGGACCCAUCUCAGAAGGAUUUAUACAGAGAUGUCAUGUUGGAGAACUACAGGAACUUGGUAUGGCUUGGACUCUCCAUUUCUAAGCCCAACAUGAUCUCCUUAUUGGAGCAAGGGAAGGAACCUUGGAUGGUGGAGAAAGAGAUGUCAGAUGGUCAAUAUGCUGACUGGGAGUCUUGGUAUGAAAUCAAGGAAUUACCUCCAAAAUGGUACAUUGAUGAAGAGGAAAUAUCCCAGGGCAUGGUAAUGGAAAGACUUACAAGUUAUAACCUUGAAUAUUCCAGUUUCAGAGAAGCCUGGAAAUACGAGGGUGAAUUUGAGCGGCAUCAACAAAAUCAGGAGAGGCAUUUCCGGCAAGUGACAACUCUUAGGGAAAUCCCUGCUGUGAAAAGAGACAAUAAAUAUAACAAUUCUGAGAGAAGUGUUCUCUUGAAGUCAGUACUUUCGACACAAGAGAGAGUUCCCACAGUAGAGCAAAUGCAUACAUUUGAUAUUUAUGAUAAAAUGUUUCCCCCAAAUUCCAUCCUAAUUGAACAUAAAAGAUUACCUGCUGAGAAAGAAUCUUCGAUAGAUAAUGAAUGUGAAGAAUUCAACCAGAAUACAUACCUUAGUAAAGAUAUAGGAAGUCCUCCUGGGGAGAAACCUUAUGAAAGUAAUGAUUUUUCAAAUCUCUUAAGUUUCCAUUCAUUACUUACUCAACAUCAGACGACUCAUUUUGGAAAAUUACCACAUGGAUUCAAUGAAUGUGAUGAUGCCUUUAGCUGUUACUCCUUCUUUACUCAACCUCAGAGAAUUCACAGUGGAGAGAAACCAUAUGCAUGCAAUGACUGUGGAAAAGCCUUUAGCCAUGACUUCUUUCUCAGUGAACAUCAAAGAAGUCAUAUUGGAGAGAAACCUUAUGAGUGUAAGGAAUGUAAGAAAGCUUUCAGACAGAGUGCACACCUUGCUCAACAUCAGAGAAUCCACACCGGAGAGAAACCCUUUGCAUGCAAUGAAUGUGGGAAGGCCUUUAGCCGUUAUGCCUUCCUUGUUGAACAUCAGAGAAUUCACACAGGGGAGAAACCAUAUGAAUGUAAGGAAUGUAACAAAGCCUUCAGACAGAGCGCACACCUCAAUCAACAUCAGAGAAUUCACACUGGAGAGAAACCCUAUGAAUGUAAUCAAUGUGGAAAAGCCUUCAGCAGACGCAUUGCCCUUACUCUGCAUCAAAGGAUUCAUACAGGAGAGAAACCCUUUAAAUGUAAUGAAUGUGGGAAGACUUUUGGCUAUCGCUCACACCUUAAUCAACAUCAGAGAAUUCAUACAGGUGAAAAGCCCUAUGAAUGCAUCAAAUGUGGGAAGUUUUUUAGGACUGACUCACAACUUAAUCGACAUCAUAGAAUACAUACUGGAGAGAGACCUUUUGAAUGCAGUAAAUGUGGGAAAGCCUUCAGUGAUGCUUUAGUUCUAAUUCAUCAUAAGAGAAGUCAUGCGGGAGAGAAACCCUAUGAAUGUAACAAAUGUGGGAAGGCCUUCAGUUGUGGCUCAUACCUUAAUCAACAUCAGAGAAUUCAUACUGGAGAGAAACCCUAUGAAUGUAAUGAAUGUGGGAAGGCUUUCCAUCAGAUCUUGUCCCUUAGGCUACACCAGAGAAUUCAUGCUGGAGACAAACCCUAUAACUGCAGUGAAUGUGGGACUAAUUUUAGCUGUGCCUCAGCCCUUAGACGACAUCAGAAAAUUCAUAAUAAAGAAACUCUCUGAUUAUAACAAGUAUAAGGAAGAAAACAGUCACCACUCAGUCCUUAUUAAAUAAAUAUCAGUCAAUUAAUUCUUUGGUUAAUGAUUCUAUGAAUGUAGUAAAUAUGGAAAAAGCCUUCAGUUUAUGAGCAUCCCUUAUUUGAAAUAGCCUGAAUAGUAGACAUCUGUUACUUUUGGAUCUGUUCUAUGCCCCGUUUGAAAUUUACCUCACCCUCAUUGCGUUAUCAUUCUGAUGAAACUAUUAAUCAGGGAAAGCAGUGGAUUGGUCAUGGGCUGGCCACAAGCUAGUUAAUAAGGGAUUGGCAGAUGGCCUUGUCUGGACCACUAGAACCCUAUAACAGGGUAUUGUUAUGGAUAGUCAGAGAAGAUAAUGUUUUUCCUGGAAUUGCAAGCUGCAAGGACUUUUUUUCAAGGUUAAAAACUCACCAGUAGCCUUUUUGCCACUACAUGAGGAAAGCCUUCCCAGGAUCAGUCCAACACAGAGAGACAGAAAUCUGAUGACAUUGUUUAAUCUUCUCAAUUCAAUCAUGCCUGAAGUCUAUACCAUCUUUUACUUUUUCAUUUUUGUGAUACAAUAAAUUUCCUUUUUUUGCUUAAGUUAA